GUUCAAAUAUCAUCCAAUGAAGUUAAACGGCUUGCUAGAAUGGAGCUUGAUAGUUUAACUAAAAAUGGAGAUAUUAGUGAGGAGUUAUCUGAGGAGGAUGAGGAGGAGGACAGAUUAGAUUCUGAUUCAUUUACGGACGAGGAUGAAAACUAUUUAGAUAUUGAGGAUGAAGAUAACUGGGAUCCGGAAAGAUUAUCUCCGGAUUUAGUUCAUUCAGAAGAUCAUCUUAAUUACGAGGCUCUUGGUAACGAGAAAGGGAAUACUGAUGAUAAUCUGACAGUUUUUAACAGACAUAACGCUCAACGAUUAGGGGUUGCUUUACGGAAUCUACUAAAGCUACCAAAGGCUCACAGAUGGGUUUGUUUUGAGUUCUUCUACUCAAACAUAGAUAAGGCACUUUUCCAGGGAGAAAAUGAUUUUAUGGUCUGUCUCAAGGAAUCCUUCCCACAUCUGAAAACUAGAAGACUUACAAGAGUAGAAUGGUGCAAGGUUCGGAGAUUGAUGGGUAAACCCAGGCGGUGUUCAGAGGCAUUCUUUGCAGAAGAGAGAUUAGAAUUAGAGAAGAAGAGACAAAGGAUUAGAACCUUGCAACAACGGAAGGUACUGGACACAGGAUCUAUUAAAGAUUUACCUCAUGAGAUUCCAAUGCAACUAACCUUAGGAACUAGAGUCACUGCUAGGUUACGAGUACCCCAAGAUGGCCUUUUUACUGGUUCAGUGGAUGCCGUUGAUCCGAGCAAUAAUACUUAUAGAAUAUCAUUUGAACGGUCAGGACUAGGAACACAUUCAAUACCAGACUACGAGGUUCUAUCAGUCGGAUCUCCAGACCUGAUUCCUCUCACCAAUUACAGCAAUAAACCUAAACUAAAAAUACACUCUUCAACAUUAAGUUAUCUCUCCCCUGGGCAAGCAAGGUACGGUACGGUCCAUUCACCGCUGGCCAACGACCCCCUCCUCUCUGGCUCCACCCCAAGAACUAAAAGUUUACGACUGGACCAAAUUCUUGGAGGAUACCCUGUUAGCUUUCUCUAUCAUAUUGUUAAACUUAAUAAAUGCUUAAAGGCAAAACGUGAGAAAGUUAACAGUUUAAAAGAACUAAAUGGAGACGUCGAGAAACGUAAAAGCUUUGGAACAAAUAUAUCAGAAGAGUUUCAGAAAAAGUAUGCCAGCACUGUGCUUGACAUCUGUAAGACGAAUGACGAUUUAAAUAGUUAUUUGAGAGAUGUUUCACAGUACACGGCACAGUUAGGAAACCAAGAAGGACCUACCCUGUCUCUUCCAGACCAAAUCAGAGAAAAUUGCCAGGACGAAGGCUAUGAUUUAGUGAAUAAAUACAAUAUGUCAGAGUCCCCAGUGGGACCGGAAGUGCAAGGUUCUAAAACCGGAAGUCAAACAGUACAAAGUCCCCGCCUACUAUCCCUGAUCACCCAGCUGUCUGCCCUGAUGCUGCAGAUAAAACGGGUUGCAGACGGAGAAAGAAAUGCUGCGGAGAUGCAAGCUCUACAAGAUUCUUUAGAUAAAAUCAAGACCGGACUCCAACCAGGGAACUCAAAACAUUUCCAGGAUCAUGUAGAAGUUCAUAUGCAUCAUAUACAACAAGGACUUUCUCAGGUUGGAAACCUGACAGCAUUCAUGCAGACCACACCAGNUCAAAAAAUUAUGUUCUAA